GAGAGAACCUCCAUUGCAAGCCAAAGGGAGAGAGAGGGAUGGAGAACAAGAUGAAUAGCAUCACCAUCUCCUUUGUUCUCCUUUUUUGUUUCUCCUCCUCCCUUGUUAGGACUCAAUCAGAUUCUUGCUCUUCGCGGCUUAAAGUUAGCAACCUCAUCCCGUUCGACACCACUACCUUCCACUGCAUCUCUGCUUGGAAUGCACAAGGCUUCAUCCUCAGGUAUGCUCAGACUGGCCAGAACCUUUGGAGUUUCAUCCUUUCAGCCCCUGAUCCGAAUUCCUACAUAUCAAUUGGAUUCUCGAGCAACGGGAACAUGGAUGGGAGCAGUGCUAUGGCUGGAUGGACUACGCCGACGGGUGGUUCAGGGAUUGCAAAGCAAUACUAUUUGGGGGGAAAGAGCUCGAGCCAGUGUCCACCUGACCAAGGGAACUUACAGUUGGUGCCAAACAAGACAGUGGUUGUGUCACAAUCAUCACAGCUUUACCUAGCAUUUCAAAUAGAUGCCUCACAACCUAAGUCGCACCUCAUUUAUGCGGUUGGUCCGCAAGGGACUGUCCCUUCGUCGAGCUACUAUCUUCCAACUCACCAGAGCCAAACUUCUACUUCCAUUAACUAUGCCACAGGGGUGGCUACUAGUGCAGGAAGUGGAUUCUCAACUAAAAGAUGGCAUGGACUGUUGACAAUUUUAGGGUGGGGAUUACUGAUGCCUGUGGGAAUAAUUAUGGCCAGAUACUUCAAGCACUAUGAUCCUCUUUGGUUCUACUCCCACAUCUCGAUCCAAGGUGUCGGAUUUGUGCUUGGUUUGGCAGGCAUCAUAGCGGGAUUCAGCCUCGAUGACAAUGGUGUAUCGAAUGUCGACACCCACAAAGCCAUUGGAUACUGCAUCUUGGUUGGUGGCAUCCUCCAGGUAAUGGCAUUUCUUAUCAGGCCUGACAAAUCUUCAAAGAUCAGAAGGUAUUGGAAUUGGUAUCAUCACUAUGUUGGCAGGGGAGCCAUAGUUUUAGCAGUGGCUAACAUCUUCCUCGGCAUAUCCAUAGCUCAUGAAUCAGGUUCAUGGACAGUGGCUUAUGUGAUCUGUCUUAUCAUCUUGGUGAUCUGUAAUAUUGUUCUUGAGGUGAAAAAGUACUUGGCCAAAGAUGAUGAUCUGUAGAGAGGGAUAGAUCUGGUUCUUUGCAUUCUUAUCAGUUGUUGCUAGUGUUGCAGAGAGAUGUGCUAUUCUCUAUACUACACAUUUCACCUUUAGAUUCAUUAUACAUAUAGUUAUAUAAAUUGAUUUGUUUUGGUAGUGUUCAUACUUGCUGAUUCCUUCAGGAAAAGUCAUCUACUUCUGGGCAUGGUUUAUAUUACUGAAACAUGGCAUCAGACAAAUGAACAAAUAAAGAGUUUGGAUACAAAAGCUAUCAUCUAGAAUUCAGCAAAAGAAGAACAAGAAGACAAAAAAAACAGAGAGUGAACUUGCUAAACUAAAUUCAAAAAAUAUCUAAGGAUAAAAACCUGAUCAAAAGAGGAAGGAUGCCUGAAGAGAUGCUUUCUCCAAUGAAAUUAUAUCUUUGUGAAAUUUCUUUCUUGAGAUCUAGAUCUUUGUCGGCUUAUAUACUCUUCAAGUCAGGUCAAAAAAU